GACUAGGGGAGUGUUUAGAAGACGAUAUGGUGCCCAAUUUUCAGUGGACACCAACCACCGGCACUGAAAUAUCUUAACGUCCCAACAAAACCAAACUACCCAUCAGUUGAAAAACUUGAUUACCCAUCCCUCCCCCUUAAAUCACAUAACCCUCUUCUAAUCCCUUCUCACAAACUCAAAAAACCCUUACAGUACUUUAUACCACCCUCAUCAACUACUAUGGAUUCAACAACUUCCACAGAAAGUGAAGUAGCCUAUGACAUCCCACCCAUCCUCAAAGUCUACAAAAACGGUCGCAUAGAGAGGCUCGCAGGCUUCGAGGUUGUUCCUCCGGGUCUCGACCCCGAAACUAACGUGGAAUCGAAAGACGUCGUAAUCGCCGAAAAAGACGGCGUAUCCGCCAGGCUUUACAUUCCGAAAACCACUUACCCACCAACGCAAAAGCUUCCUAUUUUAGUUUACUUCCACGGCGGCGCCUUCAUAAUUGGAACACCGUUUUCUCCGAACUACCACAACCUACUCAACAACGUUGUUUCAAAGGCUAAUGUGAUAGGCGUUUCCGUCCACUACAGGAGGGCACCGGAGCACCCGGUUCCCAUUGCCCACGAAGAUUCGUGGAGUGCCCUCAAAUGGGUCGCUUCCCAUAUCGGUGGAAACGGUGUUGAAGAGUGGCUGAACAAAUACGGGGAUUUUGAGAAAGUGUUCGUUGCCGGCGACAGCGCCGGCGCCAACAUCGCGAGCUAUUUGGGCAUUCGGGUCGGGUUAGAACAGUUACCUGGUUUGAAGCUAGAAGGGGUUGCUUUGGUGCAUCCUUAUUUCUGGGGCACGGAGCCGCUGGAGUGUGAGGCGGAGCGGGCAGAAGGCACUGCCAAGGUGCACCAGUUGUGGCGAUUUACGUGCCCCACCACGACGGGAUCCGACGACCCGAUUAUCAACCCGGGUCAGGAUCCGAAUCUGGGGAAACUGGCCUGUGGGAGAGUGCUUGUUUGUGUGGCGGAGAAGGAUUUGCUGAAGGACAGGGGUUGGCACUACAAAGAGUUGCUUCAGAAGAGUGAUUGGCCUGGAGUUGUGGACGUGGUUGAGACUAAGGACGAGGAUCACGUGUUUCAUAUGUCGGAUCCGAAUUGUGACAAUGCUAAGGCUUUGCUUAACCAGAUUGUUUCCUUUAUCAAAUAGAAUUGAAUAGUUUAAUGUGUGCUCUAUCUUGUCUAUUGUGUUUUACUUAUCGUUUUUAGUUUUCAGUGUAGUAGUGUAUGCAUUCUAUCUUAUAUCGUAUCGGGUUAAAGUUGAAUAGUUAAUUGAUUCA